AUGGACGGGAACGGGACGCCGCCCUCGACGCCGCCGUCGCCCCUAAGCCCUCUGCGACCCGCCCCUCGGUACUUGACGCACACCGCACCAGCCACUGCACUCUCCGAUGCUCCUCCUGGCUCACCCUCGACGCCUGACUCUCCUCCAGCGCUGACCAAUGGACGACAGUCGCCGUCGUCGCCUGCUUCGGCGUCCGUCUCGGCCGUCUCGGCGUCAGCUGUGUCGGCUACGGAGCUUUCGGGACGCUACCGCUUCGCAGAGAUGAGCGCGUCAGCAGACGCGACGCCGGCGCCGCGGUAUCUCGGACGCUACGAAGCUGUGACAGCGACAGCAGCAGCAGCAGCAGCAACAGCGGCCGGACAACAGGGCGACGAUGAGGUUGAGGCAGAGCUGCGACGGAUGGCGCAGCGCCAGUUGCCGCGCGGCGAUUUGGGCCGAAGAGAGUGGCGAAUCGACGGGUUCCAGUCACUGCAGCGAGGACACACGUCGCACGCGGCACACUCAGACGGGCUACGACCGUCGUCGCCCCACAGCAGUAGCAGCAAUAGCUCCGUGAUCAGCAGCAGUGGCCGCACCAGUCGACCUGAUCUGUGGCCGUCUACGGAUGCAGCACUGCCGCGGCCGCUGGCGUCCCCGCCGAGCUCGCCGCGCUCCAGUGCGUCGAUGGCGGCGUCAGCGUCGACUCCGGGACCGCAACAGGAAGACCAGCAGGCUUACUCUGGUGCGGUCGUCUGGGGCACGAACAUUAGUGUGUCCGAGAGCAUGGAGCUGUUUCGAGGCUUUGUGCACCACUUUCGACCCGCGAGCUAUGAUUUGCAGGACGAGCCGUAUUACAUCAAGGCACUGCGGAGACUAGCGCUGACGCAGUCGCUCGUGCUGGAUCUAGACACACAGCACCUGCGUCAAUUUCGCGGUGCACGGAAGUUGUACAAUCAGCUGAUUUUGUUCCCACAGGUGCUGAUUCGUAUCCUGGACAUGGUGGUGAUGGAGGAGUAUCAGGCGUUACUAGCUGGUGCCGGAGCUGCAGUGGACGCUAUUGACCCUGUGGCCAACGCGGCCUUGCAAGUGCGGCCGUAUAACUUGCUUGACUUAUCGCCCAUGCGCCAUUUGAACCCGUCCGACAUUGACCAGUUGGUGUGUCUGAAAGGAAUGGUCACUCGAUGCAGCGGGGUGUUGCCGGACUUGAAGGAGGCAUUUUUCCGCUGCGCAAUCUGUCAUGCAACGACGCAGGUGGCAUUGGACCGCGGACGGAUCGAGGAACCCACCAGCUGCGAGCGCUGUUCCUCGCGCAUGAGUAUGGAGAUGAUCCACAACCGGUGUGCUUUUACGGACAAGCAGAUGAUCAAGAUGCAGGAGACGCCGGAUGCUAUCCCUGAAGGCGAGACGCCGUACACGGUCCUCUUGUUUGCGUUCGACGACCUCGUCGACGGCGUGCGCCCGGGUGACAAGGUGGAAGUCACGGGCAUUUACCGUGCUGUUCCGAUGCGUUCGAACUGGCGCCAGCGAGUAGUCAAAUCUGUGUUCAAGACGUAUGUGGACGUCGUGCACUUCCGUCGCGUGGACGAACUCACGCGGCGCGAAGAGGGUGAAAAUGGCAGGGACCUCAAUCCCGUUGGCGAGGAGGUGAACGAGGUCGAGACUAGCGCGAUUGGGCCGGUCGAUAUUGACGUGGAAAUGCCGGAUCCGUCAGAGGAACACGGCGAUGCCGCAGCGGUGGCCGACGCCCAGCAGGCACGUAAAUUAGCAGCUUUCCGCCGCAUUGCAGCCCAUCCUCGGGUGUACGCGAAUUUGGCUCACUCGUUGGCACCGUCAAUCUGGGAACUGGAUGAUGUGAAGAAGGGUAUCUUGUGCAUGCUUUUCGGUGGGACUCGCAAGGACGGAAGUAGCGGCAGCGUGAACGAGCACGAAGAAGGGCACGAGCGUGACGGUAUGGCGGUAAAGCGCAAAAGCAUGCGGUCUGACAUGAACGUGCUGUUGUGUGGAGACCCUGGUACGUCAAAGUCGCAGUUGCUGUCGUACGUACACAAACUGUCGCCGCGUAGUAUAUACACGUCUGGCAAAGGCAGUUCUGCUGUCGGCCUCACUGCGUCGCUUAUCCGCGAUAUGGAGACGAACGAUCUCGUGCUUGAGUCGGGUGCAUUGGUGCUAUCGGACGAGGGUAUUUGCUGUAUCGACGAGUUCGACAAAAUGAGCGAUUCGGCUCGCUCCGUGCUGCACGAAGUCAUGGAGCAGCAGACUGUGAGUAUCGCCAAGGCUGGCAUCAUUUGUUCUCUCAACGCGCGGGCGUCCAUUCUCGCGUCAGCCAACCCAAUCGAGUCGCGCUACAACCCGAACAAGUCGGUCGUGGAGAACGUGAACAUCCUGCCCACACUUCUUUCACGUUUUGACCUCAUUUACCUCAUCCUGGAUAAGCCGCAGCCGGAAUCGGACCGCAAACUGGCGAAACACAUUGUCGCACUGUAUUACGACGAAGAAACACGUGUGCGCGUGCGUGCGCAAGCUCGAGGCGGGGACGCUGCACCUCAGCUUAUCAGCAUGAAGCUGCUCACCGAGUACAUUGCGUAUGCUAAACGGAAUGUCCACCCACGGCUGUCAGCUGAGGCCCGAGAUGCGCUCAUCCGUGCGUACUUGGACCUCCGCAGAAUGGGCGGUGCAAGUGCUGCAUCGGCCAAGAAAAACAUUACGGCAACGCCUCGACAGCUCGAGUCGCUUGUCCGGAUUUCCGAAGCACUUGCAAAGCUCAAGUUGUGUGAGACCGUGACGCGUGGCGACGUGGACGAAGCGCUGCGGCUCAUGAAUGUAGCAACGCAGCGUGCAGCAAUGGAUCCGCGGACUGGUACGAUUGACAUGGACAUGAUCAACACGGGCCAUAGUGUGCUGGAACGCGAAGUGCAAGCAGCACUGAUCACUGGGCUCAAGGAGAUUCUGUGCGAGGCACCGAACCGGUCGAUGGCCGUCGGCGAAGCUCGCCGACACCUUGAGGAAAAGCACAAGGGCGAAGUCAAGAGCGCCGAGUUCCAAAUGGCGCUACGCUCGCUCGAGGACGAUAGCCUCAUCCAAGUGUCCCAUGGCAUGAUCCGCUACUUUGGCGAGUCAAUAGACUGA